UGUAUAUAUUAUAAUAUAUUUUUAAGAAAGAUUCAAAAGGAAUAAAAAUCUGAAUUUUUAAAUAAUUUUAAAAACAUGAUGUCUGAAGAACAUAUUAAUGAAUUUAAUAAUUUAAAUCCCAUCGAAAUGUUCACAAAAACAGAGGAAAUUGAUGCUAUCAAAAUAUAUGAUUCUACAAUGUAAGUAAUUAUAUACCAAAUAUACAAAAAAAAUAUGAAUAUAUAUGUAUAAAUACAUUGUAUUUUAAAAUCUAUAAAACUACAAAGUAGAAUAUUUAAAAAUAUAAAGAUAUUGUUUUUUUUCAUCAUAUUAUAUUUUUAUCCGAUAUUUCUCUCUAGGAAGCCUAAUAUUAGGCUUAUUAGAUUUAUUGAAAACACUAUUCAGUUAGCUAAAAUUAAUUCUUUCAUUAUAAUGUGUGUAUUUAUUUCGAUGUUAUAAAUUGAUGUUACUUUAUAUAAUAACCUUUUAUUGUCUCAUACCUCACAAAAUGUGACAUAAUUAUGUUUUUAUACAUAUUUUUUAAAACAUUUUUAUUGCAAAUGACGUCAAACAAUUAUUUUAAUAAUAAAUAUUAAUAUAAAGUUUAAAUACAACAAAAAAUAAUCACUUAUUUUUUCCGGACCGGAAGCCUAAUAUUAGCCACCGAAGCGAUAUCUUUUUCGUAGUACAACUCAUUAACAAAGACAAAGAUAUUCUAAUAUUAAAACUAAAUAAGUCGUCCAAAAAAUGUCGAUCCUCUAAAAGUUAAUAAACGAUAUUAAUAUUUGAACAUCUUUACAGAGAAAUAAUUGGAUACGUAGAUGGCAUUGAAGCACCAAGAUUUGUUGGUAGUAACAAACAAUAUAAAUUUUUUAAAUUUUAUUUGAAUAAUAAUGAUGGAAGACGCAUACAGGUGGUGGCAUGGAACGAGUUUAUUAAUAAAGUUGAAUGCCACAUACAAUCAAAUAAUGUAAAUUAAUUUACUUUUUAUUAAUAUGUUAUUUACUUAAAGAUUAAAUUAUUAAAAUUUUGUUUGUCAUAUAAUAGGCAUUUCUCAGACAGAGUAAUUGUCGUGUAGUUUAUUUCGUUAAAUAAAAAUUAUUCACAUCAAGAUUAUUUAACAAAAAAAUCUAGCAUAAUCCAAUAUCAACGUUUCACUUAUUUAUCAAUAAUUUAAUUUAUUCUAUUUUCUUAACAGUUAAUUUAUUUAGUUUAAUUGUAAAUUUAUUUUUAUUAUGUCUCUUAAUUUUAAUUAUAAGAACUAUACUUGUUUUACAUAUUUAUAACAUUUUAAUUUUAAAUUGUAUAUUUGGAUAGAUUAUUUAUUUAGAUGGGGUACAAGCCAGAGUGCCCAAAAUGUCACAGUUUAAUAAUGGAAACGUUUCAUUCGAACUACAAAUUCAAAAUAACACCCUGGUUUCCAAUUUAGGAAAAUUUCAAAUAAUGUCUUCUAAUAACACUAAACCAAAUCGAGUUCAAUUAAGUGAUGUAUUAAAUACAACUAAACUUGUCAAACUGGAAGGUUAUGUAAAAUCAAAUUUUGCAAGUAUACAUAAUAGUAAAUUAAAUAAGACGAUUGGCUGUGGAUCUAUCACAGAUGGUGUAUAUAAACUUGAAGUACACAUUAUUGAUUUUAAUGAGGAUAAUUAUCACAAAGAACUCAUACAAAAAGGGAAUAAAAUAGAAUUGACUGGAAUAAUACAGAACACAGAUCUUCCAUAUUUAAUGGUUAACACUACAAAUGACAUUAAAAAAAUAGAGGGAUUCAUGUCAAUAUCAUCCCUUUUAAAAGGAACAAAAAGUUUAAAAAAAAGAAUGAUUGAAAAUAACGAAGAACCACAAAUAACUGUCCAAAUUCCUACGACGACGUCCAGUGGAAGUCCAGUGGACGUACGUAAUGUGGAACUAUGGAUUUUCAAUGGCUCUGUUUUGGAUGUCCAAUGGACGUCCACUGGAAGUUUCAAACUUCCAUGA